GGUUCAGCAUUUCUACUAUCUCCAAGAAGAGUAUCAACCCUGAAGCAGGACCAGCAGCAGCAAUAAAGAAACAUGAAUGUGAAAGGCAUGGCUAUAGUCUUGGCUGUGAUAUUCUCUGCUACAAUUGUUCAAGGCUUCCCUAUGUUCAAAAGGGGACGAUGUCUAUGCAUUGGUCCUGGACUGAAAGCUGUAAAAGUGGCAGAUAUAGAGAAAGCUUCCAUAAUAUACCCAAGUAAUAGCUGUGACAAAAUCGAACUGAUUAUUACCCUGAAAGCACAUAAAGGAAAACGAUGCCUGAAUCCCACAUCAAAGCAAGCAGGCCUUAUUAUCAAGCAAGUUGAAAGAAAGAAUUCUUUAAAACACUGAAACAUACGAAGUCCUGGAAACGAUAAUUUGAAAAUCUAGAACAAGUUUAACUGGAAUUACUGAAAUGAUCAGAAUUCUGCAAUAG